GAAGAACCGCUCCGACAGGUGAGUCCCUCCAGGUGGAUACAUAAGCGACAGACCCGAGCUCCUGCGUCACUCCGUGAUUCUCAGGUGGAUCAGACAGACGUGACGAACCAUGUUUCACCUGCUGGUGCUGGCCGGGGUUCUCCUGGGAGGAUACAUCGUCCUCACACAGACGCUCUUCAAAAGAUCCAAGUGCAGAGGCAACGCAGCGGUGGCCGGGAAGACCGUCGUCAUCACAGGAGGGAACACCGGCAUCGGUAAAGCCACGGCACUGCAUCUGGCCAGGAAGGGAGCCAGAGUGAUCCUGGCCUGCCGAAACCGGGCCAAAGCCGAGGCCGCCAUCGCCGAUAUACAACAGGAGACAGGAAGUACUGAUGUUCUCUACAUGCACUUGGACCUGGCCAGCCUGAAGUCCGUCCGCUGCUUCACCGAAAAUUUCCUAAAAGCUGAGUCCAGGCUGGAUCUGCUCAUCAACAACGCUGGUCUGGUGGCCGACGGGCGGACCGAGGACGGUUUUGGCAUCCAGUUCGGUGUGAACCACCUUGGCCACUUCCUGUUGACCUGCCUCCUGCUGGAGAGGCUGAAGGAGGCGGGGGGAGGACGGGUGGUCACCCUGUCCUCCAUGGCUCACCGCUGGGGACACAUCGACUUCGAGGCUCUGGCGGCAAACAGACACCUGGGCACCGGCAGGUACAGUUGGCAGUUCUUCCAGGCGUACUGCAACAGUAAACUAUGCAACGUCCUCUUCACCCACGAGCUCGCCAAGAGGCUGAAAGGAACCAGCGUCACCUGCUACAGCCUCCACCCAGGUGUCGUUCGUACAGAGCUGUCCAGACACGUCAGCCUGUGGCAGAAGAUUUUCAUCGAGCCCGUGGCCCAGCUGCUGUUCCUGGACCCGAAGGCCGGAGCUCAGACCACGCUGCACUGUGCCCUGCAGGAGGGAAUCGAACCUCUGAGCGGACGUUACUUCGCCUGCUGCACUGAACAGGAAGUGUGUGCCAAGGCCAGAGACGAUGCCGUGGCCCGGAAACUGUGGGAGGUCAGCGAGAGGCUCUGUGGACUCUCUUAAGGUGGACUGAACAUGGAGGACUUUAGGAUUUCUCCUUAUCCUAAAUGGAUUAUUAAAUCCAGGAUCUAUGAACCCUCCCUCCGUUAAAAACUGUUUCUUCUGGUGUUAAAGUGUGAUCAGUUUGUGUCUGUACCAGUGUGAAUAUAUCAAUAACAAUG